CCGUAUAUAUAUAUAUACACAACGAAUGAGGGUCUUCUUUUAGGUAUUUAUUUAUUCAAUUUAACUUCAGUGGUUUGGGGCGAUGGAGGGAGAUAGCAAUGGCGGUAUGUUGUACCACGAGGUACAAGAGUCGAAUUUGUGCGCCGUUCAUUGCGUCAACACGGUGUUACAAGGACCUUUCUUCUCCGAAUUUGAUUUAGCUGCUUUAGCUUCCGAUCUCGACUCCAAAGAGCGCCAGAUGAUGCUCGAAGGUACCGCUUCCGCCGCCGUCUCCAGUGAUUUCCUCUCUGAGGAAUCCCACAAUGUCUCCCUUGGUGGCGAUUUUAGCAUUCAGGUUUUGCAAAAGGCUUUAGAAGUCUGGGAUUUGCAAGUUAUUCCCCUUGACUGCCCAGUUGCUGAGGCUGCCCAGAUCGACCCCGAGCUGGAAAAUGCUUUCAUUUGUCAUCUGCACGACCAUUGGUUUUGCAUCCGGAAAGUCAAUGGAGAGUGGUACAAUUUCGACAGUCUUAAUGCUGCGCCGCUGAACUUCUCGAAGUUCUAUCUCUCAGCCUAUCUGGACUCUUUGAAAGGAUCAGGGUGGAGCAUUUUCCUGGUGAGGGGAAACUUCCCUAAAGAGUUCCCUAUUUCUUCCUCUGAAGCUUCUAACGGGUACGGGCAGUGGCUGUCCCCAGAGGAUGCUGAGAGCAUAACCAAAUCGUGCAACUUAACACAAGCUCCUUCUCAAAGAAACACUAUGAGUCAACAACCUGCAUUGACUGAGACUGAUCUGCAACUGCUUUCAGAUAUGGAAGAUGAAGACUUGAGGGUUGCGAUCGCCGCCAGUUUGAUGAAUUCUUCUCCAGCCACAGCAAGUGCUGAGCUUACUCUUCUGAUGACAGCAAAAUAGCCUGAAGCACAGACUUGGACGCCCUUGCAGCUGUUGCUGAAACACACACUAUGAAUCCGAA